GCGGCGGCGGCUGCAGCUGCGCAUGCAGCUGCGGAUGCGGAGACCAACCGGGGCUCCGAGGGGAACCCAGACUUUCCCAUGGCCUCGCUGUACGUGGGCGACCUGCACCCUGAAGUGACAGAGGCAAUGCUGUACGAGAAGUUCAGCCCGGCCGGGCCCAUCCUCUCCAUCCGCAUUUGCAGGGACAAGAUCACCCGCCGCUCUCUGGGCUACGCGUACGUCAACUACCAGCAACCGGUGGACGCAAAGCGGGCCCUGGAAACCCUGAACUUUGAUGUCAUCAAGGGCAGGCCGGUGCGCAUCAUGUGGUCCCAGCGGGACCCCUCGCUCCGCAAGAGUGGGGUGGGCAACGUCUUCAUCAAGAACCUGGGCAAGACCAUCGACAACAAGGCUCUGUACAACAUCUUCUCGGCGUUCGGCAACAUCCUGUCCUGCAAAGUGGCCUGCGACGAAAAGGGGCCCAAGGGCUACGGGUUUGUGCACUUCCAGAAGCAGGAGUCCGCAGAGCGCGCCAUUGAUGCGAUGAAUGGCAUGUUCCUGAACUACCGCAAAAUCUUCGUCGGGAGAUUCAAGUCGCAUAAAGAACGAGAGGCCGAAAGGGGAGCCUGGGCCAGGCAGUCCACCAGUGCUGACGUCAAGGAUUUCGAGGAAGACACUGAUGAGGAGGCCACCUUGCGAUGAAGACAUGCCAGGAAUGAGCCAGCCAGCAGAGCCAAACCUUGGCUCCCAUCCGGUUUACAACCCCCUUCUUUGCCCCCCCUAACCCACCAGCAGUGUAUUGUAUUGUACUGGGAGUGCAGGUCUCUCUCUCUCUGUCUCUGUCUCUCUCUCUGUCUGU